AGUUGUGACUGUUUUACCCAUAUUUUAAUUUUAUUAUUGUAUACAUAAAACUGUCAUACAAGUUUAAAAUAUUUUUAUAUAGUGAGUGAAAAAGUGGUCAACCAUUUAAUGUGCAUCCGUGUCUUAAAUUUAGUGUUUGAUGUUGAUGUUUUUAUGGUUUGUUCUACAAUGUUCGGUGAACAAAACUAUGAAAUUUGUUACGAAAUUACUUAAAUUGUGAAGAAUUACCAUGUGACUAUAUGUGAUUAAAUGCUAAUGUAAAAAUAACUUGCCGACAUUAAGUUUGGUUCUGCUCAAUGGAUUCGAAAGAGAAAUCAAAAAAGAGAGAUCGUAAAAAUGAGAAGAAAAAAAAAAUGGCAUCUGAAAAGGCCGAUAACAUCCCAGACGAAGAUCAACAAAAUGCAAAUCAAGGAGAUAGUGAUUCCGAAUCUGGAAAAUCCACAGAUAGUGAGGAAUUAGUAAACGCUCUUAAUUACAACACAAUUACUUCUUUAGCUGCUUUAAAAGACAUUAUUCAAGGUGACAAUGAUACGCCUGAAACUGAUAGUUUCUUUCAACAUUAUUUUAUGAAUCACUGCAAUAAUUUGUCCAGUCGUAAUUCUAAUUCUACGUCACCUUUUUCAUUUACUGAAAGACGCAGAUUAUCACAAUGUCGCGAAGAGGACGAAGAAGACGAAAAGAAAGAUUGUGUGAAACAUUCGAAUGGUUCUUUACACUCAAAUUUAGAAACCACUUAUUUAGACAUAAACAAUUCUCUUGCAAACCAGCAAGAUAAGGAAGAUGUGCUCAUAAAACCUGACGAAACAGUGCAUUCUGGUGAUGCACCGUGUGUCUCAGACGAUGAUGAUUUUGAAAAACGUACUGUCAUGGGGGCAAAACAUAAAUUCUUGGUUACAAAAACGGAGCAAAUGCCGCCUAUUGUUAGGCAGGCACUUCGUAAUCAAGUUAAUAAUGCGCACACAGUACAUUUUGGAACGAAAGGAGCUGAAGAGCAAAGGCCGAGUGUACGAACUAUUUUCACAGGACAGAAUCUCCAUCGUGACAAAAAUUAUUUUGAUAGUAGUUUAAUAGAAAUUAGAUCUACAGUGGACGGAGUUCUUCCCAAUUCUGAAGACAUUUGGGUUAAAAGGGCAGAUGCUAAACAAGUUGUUAAGGACGACAAGUUGGUGGCAAAAGUUGAUGCUGCUAAAAAAAUUGAAGAAAUAAAGCCGGAACCGCCACUGCCACCGGAAAAAGUACGGGAACGCUCUGGAACGUGGGGAUCACAAACCGCACGCAAAGAAAAAGAUUUACCAAAAAAAAUUUUAAAGGAUAAAGAUGUACGAAGGAAUAGUGACGAAAGACGACAAAAGAGAGAUCAACGCCUGGAUGCAGCAAUCACACGAAGCUCGCAGUCUGUCACUGAACGUAAGCGGCGUGGUUCCGCUGAUGAUGGCCAAGCACAUCCCAUGUAUCAACAAACGAUUCACGGAACCUCCGGGGUGAGCCGCAGACCAGCUUUGUUUGACAUAUUCAAAUCUCGUCCACGUGGAGAUGCGAAAAAACAACCAUCGAUUAUGCAGCAAGUUAAAGCCGCUGUACAGAGUAUGACGAAAUCGGGAACCGCAAGUAAGGAAUCUGUAAAGUCUGAUAAAUCGGAGGCCGCCUCGAGCUCGUCGGGCGCACCGGCCGUGAAAACGAAGGACGGCUCAGCUCAUCCGCAUCCUGGCAGCGACACGAGGUACUACCACACUGUCACCGCAUCAACAACUCGUCGUCCGAGUGCUAUGGCCAAAGUAAUGGACAUCUUCCGUGGUCGAGCCUCCCUUCCUGGACAAACUGUGCAGCUAGAGAGCGCUGAAAAAAGGAGAGCGAGGGUGAUAGCUCAGCAACACCAUUAUGCUUCAGGGGCUUAUUUACGGCGAGCAGCGUCACAAGAGGCGGAAAAGCGUCGUUCAUCACUCGGAAACGUUCCCACUGCACGCCACCGCGCAUCUGACGCCUUUCUUGAUCCCCAUCAUGCAGCCAUAUUGUUUAGAGAUUCGAGGGGGUUGCCGGUUGCUGAUCCGUUCUUGGAAAAAGUCAGCCUUUCUGACCUAGAGGAAGAUGAGUCGCAGAUUUUCGUGAAGUUUUUCAAGUUUCACAAAUGCUACGAUCUCAUCCCAACGUCCGCUAAACUGGUGGUCUUCGACACCCAGCUGCUCGUGAAGAAGGCAUUCUUCGCUCUGGUUUAUAACGGUGUUCGCGCUGCACCACUAUGGGACUCGCAGAGGCAGAGGUUCGUGGGAAUGCUCACGAUCACGGAUUUCAUAAAGAUCUUGCAAAUGUACUACACCAGUCCCAACGUGACCAUGGAUGAGCUGGAGGAGCACCGUCUGGAGACGUGGCGACAGGUGCUGAAGGGAUCCGUGAUGCCACUGGUGUCUAUCGGGCCCGAUUCCUCCUUGUUUGACGCGAUCAAGAUGCUCAUCACAAACCGCAUACAUCGGCUGCCGGUCAUCGACCCCGAUACCGGCAACGUCCUUUAUAUACUCACUCACAAAAGGAUACUCAGAUUCCUUUUCCUUUAUAUUAACGAGCUGCCAAAGCCAUCGUACUUGCAAUGCAAGCUUCGCGAUGUUCGUAUCGGGACCCUGAAGGACAUAGAAACGGCUACCGAGGAAACUUCAAUAAUUGAAGCGCUGAGGAAGUUCGUCAACAGACGAGUUUCAGCUCUGCCCCUCAUCGACACCGAGGGUCGACUCAAGGAUAUUUAUGCUAAAUUUGACGUUAUCAAUUUGGCCGCUGAGAAGACUUAUAAUAACUUGGAUGUUUCGCUGAAGAAAGCGAACGAACAUCGUAACGAAUGGUUCGAGGGAGUUCAGAAAUGCAAUCUCGAUGAAACAUUAUACGAAGUCAUGGAAAGGAUCGUACGCGCUGAGGUGCAUCGUUUGGUCGUCGUGGACGAGGAAGACAAAGUGAUCGGUAUAAUAUCGCUGUCUGAUUUACUGAUGUAUCUCGUGCUGCGUCCCACCGGCGACUGUGAAGGCGCCAGUCUACGCAACGAGCACGGCCCCAUCGAGGAAAAGGACGAGACUCAAAGCUCAGAGGGCAAGGACAACGAAGGAAAUACUCGGAACAACUCAGAUACGAAAGAGGAAGCCGAGUGCCAAGGCCAGUAAAAGUGUUCGAGUGAACGUGUGACGUAGCGUCAGAUUCGUUGUAGUGUAAGCGAGCGCGGCUCUAUUCACAGACGGUUGUGAUUUGAAAUGAAAAACAAAAGGGAACAUUUCUGAUCGAGUUUUCAUUAUAUAAGUAACAUUUAUUGCAAUCUAUGUCUAAUAUUCUUGCUGGCUAAAUAUUAUUUCUAAUCAUAACAAAUAUUUCGUCCCGUUACCGGCCAACUGUCUAACUAUUCCACUUUUAAUUCUAUAAUAUUUAUUUGCAUAAUUAUAUAUAAUUGUAAUACAACUAUUGGUAUCGUAAAGCAACAUAUUUAAAUAUAAGAUCGUCUUAUAAACCUCCGUAUUUAUAAAGUCUAAAGUGUUAUUUCUUCUAAGUUUUUUAUAAAUUAAAUAAACAGUUUCGUAAUAAUGUCUUUAUUGAAGUUUAGAUGACUUGUAUAUUUUGGGGAGUCCAUAUUUGAUUUCUGUAGUUAAUUUUUAUUAUGUCAAAUUAUUUUUUAAUAUAAGAUAAUUUUCUUAACAUUAUCUGUACAGAUCGACACAUGUGUUGGUGUAUGUACUCGUAGACGUAGUCGAUGCGUUUUUUUUUUUACUUUAAAAUUAAGUUUUAUUUAAUACACUAUAGGAAUUUUGAUUAAUUGUUUUGCGGAUUUUGUACGAAAAAUCAAUUUGACAAUAAGAUUUCAUGUGAAUGUCAGUUCACUAUUUUAUUCUUAUAGUGAAACGCAACAAUUAUCAAUAACAAUCUCCUUGACAUUUUAACAUUUAGUUUUAAGUUUUAUGUAUACCUUGCAGAAUUUUUAUGGACAAUAAUUUUAUUGCUCACUUGUCAUGUUUCAAACGCUCCAGACUUUUAAUCGGAUUAGCUACGAUCGAUAUAUCACAAAAGUUUCCAACACUAUCAUUGAAAUUAAUAUAUUUAUACAAAAACAAAUUCUUCUACUGGAAUAAAUGAUUUGACAUACAUUUUUAUUGAGAUGAACUCGCGUGUUUAUCAAGUGUGUUAAACUGAAAUGAAUGCCUCAUUUAUUUAUUCUUAAUUCCAAUUACAAAAAUGUUAUGGUCUUACUCAUAUAAGCGUUGUUUAGCGGGUGAUUAGUUAAAGAAUGACGCGUCCUCUUCUAUCGAAUGUCAAAUCAAUAAUGACAGAAAUAGAGAAAUUAGACUGUAAUUAACAGCCGCUAAUCAUCGAAUAUGAGCAAGUGCGCUAAUCUUCGAUUUAUAAUAAUUAAAGCACAUUGAACAUCUAACAUUGUACUCCUUUCUCUCUGUUUCUUUAUACUUAACGUUUAUUGUAUUCGUUCCUAAAUCUAUUACCAAACAAAUAAUAAUAUACGCAUGUUGUUUUGGAGCUGACGUGCGCUUCAAGUAUUAUGAAAUGUGUUAUUAAUUUAUGUGUAGUUUAGUGAUUAGUAAUAACUCAAUGAAUAUUUGUAAUAAAUGUCGUAUUCAUAUAGUAAAUUAACAUUGUAGCGGUAUUCUGUAAUGCCGAUGAUAUCGGCAGUUUUAAAACUAUUCAGAUGUAGAACGUGUAUACAUUACAAUUAAAUAUUCUCUUUUUGCUGUUUAUUUGUGUCAAUGUAAAAAAAUAUCAACGCACAUAAUAUUAUUUGAUAUAAAAUUAGAAUUUUGAAAUAUAUAAUUUGAAAUAAAACAUGGUACCGUGU